UUUAUAUCACUUAAAUAUGGAAGCGUUGAAAGUUAAACGAGUUCGAUACAACGAAAAUUCGUCUUGAAUGUUUUGUGGUUAUAUAGUAUAUGUAUAUAUAUGCAUUUAUUGUUCAUUGUUCUGAGGACUACCAUCGAAAGUGAAAAAAGAAAUUGGACAAUUUGAUUAAUUUAUAAAAUUAGAUUACUCUACUGUUAAACAAAAUGUCUUCUAAAGAAUAUAACAAAGAAACGGACUAUGAUGUUUCUGAUGCGUUUGGAUGCCCAAGGAAAACUACUACUCCAGUUAUUCGACCUUUACAAACAUCACCAACCGAACGAUAUGCUUCACAUUACAAAAUGGAUCAUUCCAAACGUGGCAUAGCAAUUAUAUUUAAUCAUGAACUUUUUUCUAUUAAUCAUCUUAAACCACGAAACGGAACUAAUACUGAUUGUGAAAACUUCAAGUCUGCAUUACAAUUACUUGGAUUUACUGUUCGAGUUUAUGAAAAUUAUACCUCUAAACAAUUAGAAAUGGUUUUGAAAGAAGUUUCAGAACUAGAUCACUCUAAUCACGAUUGCUUAAUAGUUUCUGUAUUAAGCCAUGGAGAAUUAGGAAUGUUGUAUGCAUAUGAUACUCCUUACAAAGCUGAUAAUAUUUGGUCUCCUUUUACUUCAGAUAAGUGUCCUACUCUUGCCGGAAAACCAAAACUAUUCUUUAUACAAGCCUGUCAAGGCGAUAAGUUAGAUUCUGGUAUAACUUUAAAAGAACGUACAGAAACUGAUAGUAGUACACAUACUAGUACAUUCCGUAUACCAAGUCAUGCAGAUUUUUUAAUUGCUUAUUCAACAAUACCAGGUUUUUAUUCAUGGAGAAAUACGACACGAGGAUCAUGGUUUAUGCAAGCAUUGUGUAUAGAAUUAAAAGAAUAUGGAUUUCAACAUGAUUUAUUAACGCUGCUUACUUUUGUCUGCCAGCGAGUUGCAAUUGAUUAUGAAUCUAAUACUCCAGAUAAUAUAACUAUGCAUCAACAAAAACAGAUUCCAUGCAUUACAACCAUGUUAACUCGUCUAGUAAAAUUCACUGCCCCUCAAAAUGGUGUUUAAUGUUUUAAGAUUAAUAUUAUAUAUCUAUAUUAACACUUAGCCGACCACCGGCGCCAUAGAGAACUGUAUGGUUUCCACCAUAUUUGGGCAAAAUAAGUAAGGUCAACAUGGAUGAUCUCCCCGAAUGGCCGGCUAAAUGUUAAGUAGCACAUUUUACUUUAUUGAAGCACAUGUAUUAUAUAUGUGCUUAACUUUAUUCAAGUAACAUGUAUUAUUAAUUUUUUAAAUGCAAUCACAAUUCUACUGCCAUUAUUUUUUGCAUUUAUAAUAACUGUUUAGGAGAGUGGAGAUAUACACAAAUAUGCGAAGUACAAAUUUUUCUGGUCUCACAAAUUAAUGAAAACAGAACAAAUUUUUUACACAAAUGUUUUUUAGACUUUAUAUAUUUACAUGUAACGUGGCCCUAUUAAUUUUUAAACCGUUUUGUGCAUUUAAAAGAUACUACCAUUAAAUUACAUCUUUCUGUAAUCCAAUAUUAUUACUUAGUUAUAACAAUUUUUUUUGUAUUCCAAUGAUCUUAUCAAAUUACUUAAUAUUUUUAAGUUUUCGCAUUAUAUAAAUCACGUAAAUUUUGUAAAUAUUUGCAAUUAAAAAUUUUAUAAGAAAAAGUUUACAAUUAUAAUUAAAAAGUUCCACUGUUUACCAUUGUGUGAAUUGUUGUGAUAAAAUAUAUGUUAACCAUGUAAAUCUGUUAUUAUAACAAUUCUAUAAAAAUAAUUUCAACACAAGAUAAAUAUAUUUUAUAUGUAAGAUAGUAUUAUCACAUGCAUACACAUGCAACGCUGUGAGUUUUGUAUAAUCGAGUGUCUUUUAUACUGUAUACACUUGUACCUUUAUACACAUUUAUAUACAAAAUUUAUGUAUGACUUCUUUGUAUGCAAUAGCGAUAUUAUACAAUGAAAAUGAAAAAAACAUAUUACAAAUAAAGUUUCUCU